GACGUCCCGACGUGGCAGGUAACGUACCGUGCAGUGUUUUCAUCCAGUAGCAUUAACCGGGGCGCCGCUUGACACACCGUUACAGCACUGUCCGGUACUUUUCCGUCCUUCAUCCCGGUGUGAGCUGCCGGAGACAGCCUGACACAAGAGCCGAGACUGAUAUUGUAUCUUAACAAGACGACUAAACAAGCAGGCGGUGCAGCUAGGUGUGCAGCAGGAUGAAUAUUGGAUCCAAUAAGAAGCGGCAGGUCCUGCCCAGCCGUCCUGACCCCACCGUGGACCAGAUCCUGGAGGACAUCAACGGAGCCGCUCCCAAUGACCCCGUCUUCAGCAUCCUGGAGCAGACUGGACAAGACUCGCCGCGGCCCUCAGACAGCGAGGUGGAGUCCCGGUUCCAGCAGUGUCGUCAGUAUCUGGAGCUGAACGAGCGGCUGCAGGAGGUGCGGGGUCGGCUGCUGAAGCAGAGGGAGGAGCUGAGAGCGGCGGGCGAGCAGCUGCAGACUGACGUGGAGGAGGUCAGAGGUCAAACACUCUGACUGUGCACCUCUUCUGUUACAGACUUUCCUCGACCUCUCAGUGUAGG